CAAAAUCCAACCUCUUCAACUUCUCCCUCUCAUCUCAUCUUCUCAGCGACAAUGAUGUCAUCAAAACCAAAUCGUCGGCAAAAAGGCAAACAGAAAUCCGACUUUGUUCAGAAACCCCCCAACCAACUGAAUUUCAAUAAGGAUGAUGAGGAUGAAGAAGUACGUGAAACAGUUAAGGUCAGAAAACUGAACGGCGUCGAUUUCAACACACAGGGUCAGGUCGACGAUCUCAGAAACAUGAUUUCUGCUGAACAGGUGACAAAGCCAUCAACAUCUAACUCAAGUCGACGAAAAGGCAAGAAUUCCAACUAUGUUCCGAAACCCAAGCAGGUGGAGCAACCAACAGUGAACUGGUUGGAUCUUCCGUCGGAUGUAACGGCUAAUAUACUCUCUAGAAUUGGCGUGUUUGACAUAAUUGAGAAUGCCCAAAAAGUGUGCACUACUUGGUAUCAAAUUUGUAAGGAGCCCGCUAUGUGGAGGGCUGUUUCAAUGGACCAAUCACCUCUGUGGACUGUCUGUCAGAAGAUUUGUAAGCAUGUUGUGAAUAGAAGCCAAGGCCAGAUGGUUGAUAUCUCUAUCAAGGACUUUUGCGAUAGAGACCUUCUUCAGUAUAUUACUUAUAGAUCAACUCAGCUUAGACGUCUUGAAGUUAUCCAUUUCUUUGGUAGAUCGGGUAAAGUUUGGGGUGGAUCUUUGAAGAAAUUCUCAUUAUUGGAGGAUCUCAGCCUUGAAAAUACAAUAAUCUCAGACAAAGAUAUCGAAGUUGCUGGCCACCACUGUCCUCUGCUAAAGAAACUUAAAAUUAAUCAAAAAGCAUAUUUACUAUAUGGUGAUUAUGAUGAGUCCAUGACUUACAGGAAUGCAUUAGCUGUAGCAAUUGGAAAAGACCUACCUGAGUUAAGGCAUCUUGAACUCAUUGGAAAUACCAUGACGAAUAUUGGGUUAAAGGCAAUUCUGGAUGGCUGUCAUCACCUUGAAUCACUUGAUUUGCGUCGGUGUUUGUAUAUUGAUCUUAAGGGAGACCUUGGAAAAAGAUGUUCGGAACAGAUCAAACAUCUAAAGCUUCCUCAUGAUUCUCUUGAAGGCUAUCAACAUCUUGAGUUGCCAGAUGAUGUUCCUGAGCCCGACUAUUUUAAUGAUUAUUGCUAUGGUGGCUUAACUUGUUCUAGUUCUGAUGAUUCUGAUGUUGAAAUGGAUUAUAAUACAUUUUUGUCAAUGUUGUGAUGUUGAAUGACGCGAUGGGUUAUGGCUAGGUG